AUGAAGAAUAAGUAUGUAUUUCUAACGAAAGAAAUUAAUGUGUUUAAAUAUGUUACAAGAAACGACGAAAUAAGAAAAUAUAUAUUAAGAUGUACCUCUUUUAAUAAUAAUGGUUGUAAUAAUCAAUUCAUAAAGAAUUUAUAUUUUUAUCAUACCUAUGUUCCUACCUUUUAUUCCUAUUUGAAAAAAUUAGAAAUUAAAAAAAAAUGUCAUAUAUAUAAUGAGAAUAACAACAUUGUAAUAUAUAAAAGACUCAUAAGUAUUCAUAAAAAUAAAAAGGAAUAUCAUGUUAAUAUAAAUGAAGUGCUAAUUAAUAAUGAAGAUGAGAAAGAUAAUAAGGUAAAUAUAAAGGAAAAUAAUAAAAUGUAUAGAAAUAGUAAAGAUCAUAUACAAAAAAAAAAAAAUCAUGUAAAAAUAAAUUAUGAUAAAAUAUUAAUACAAACAAAUGAACAACAUAAAAAAUCAAAAAUAGAAGAUAAGGGGAAUGAAAAUUCUCAUGUUAGAGAAGAUGAAAUAUACUUACAUGUUAAUAAUUUAUGUAAAAAAAUUUACUACUUAAGUAAAAAUAAAAUAAAAGAUGAAAAUCUAUGGAAACAUUACUUAAUACAAUAUUAUAAAGAGAACAAAAAUUACGAUCAUAUAAAAAUAAAAAAUAUUUUUAUGUUAUUGUUGGGAAUUACAAAUAGUAACAAACAUAUAAAAGACAUGAUAAUUCUUAUUAAUGACGAGGAAAAGAUAAAUCAAAAAAGAAAAAAAAAAAAAAACAUAAAAAUUAUUGAAAUUGUUUAUAAUCAUCUAGAUAUUUUAUCAAAAAAAAUAAAUCAAAUGACAAAUAAUCAAUUAAGCAUAUUUUUAUACAUUCUUGAAAAAUGGAAUAUGAUAGAUAAUUAUAAAGAUAUUACUAAUGAAAUUAAUUUUAAAAUUUUAAACCAAACAAGUUUAAAAAAAGUAAAUAUAAAAUGUUUUUUAAAUGUUUUAUAUAUAUAUUCAAAAAAUUAUGAACAAAAUAUAAACAACAAAAACAACUACAACGACAGCAAUAAUAAUAAUAAGAAUAAUAAUAUAUGUAAAGAACAAAAGUGUGUUAUUACAAAAGAUAAAAUAAAAAUAUUUAUCAACAAAUUUGGAAAACAAAAGUUUCGUAUAGAAGAUAUUUUAUAUCUUCUAUCAUCUAUGUAUAAAUUAAAAAUAAAAAAUAAAAGCAUUUUAAAUAAUAUAAUACAAUAUUUAAAUAUACAAAAUGUUAUAAAAGAUUCAAAUUAUUUUUUAAUCCCAUCUUUGUUAUUAUCAUUAGCUAACUUAAAUAUAUAUGAUCAACAAUUAUAUUUAAAUUUCAAAAAUGUUAUAAUGGAAAAUUAUUAUUUUUAUAACUCCAUACAUUUUACAAAUUUAUUUUACUCAUUUGCUAAAUUUAAACCAGAUUAUGUACAAGAACUUUUUGAAAAAAUUGCUACCCAUAUAAUGAUGCACACAAAUAAUUCUUUUACAGAUAAUAAUGAAUCCACGCCAGAAACACAAAUCAUUUUAAAAGGAAAGGAAAAAGAAAUAAAUAACAAUCUUAAUUUAAAAAAUCAUAAAAAUAAUGAUUUUUUUGAAAAUGAAGACAAGUAUCCAAUUAAUAACAAAAUGGUGAACCAAACAAAUAAUAAUACUUUUAAUAUAUUUCAAAUCACUAAUAUUAUAAACUCAUGCAUGAAAUGUAAUUACGUAAAUUAUGAUUUUUUUUCUUAUUUACUUAAACAAGGAAAUUUAUUCAUGGAUAAUUCUGAACCUUUAGAUAAUUUAAUUAAUAUUCUUAAUUGUGUUUCAAAUAUAUUAAAAAAUUUUAAUGUCUUUAAACAUAAAUUAUAUUUUCAUUAUGAAAAAAAAGAAAAAAAUCAAUGGGAACAAGAAAAUUGGCUAGUUCACAAUGACCUGACUUGUUCAGGAAAAAAUUAUGAAAGUUCAAGAAAUAAAAUAGCUAACUGGCAAAAUAAAAUAGAGCAUAAUAAUUUAGAUAAUAAAAAUAAUAAUAUGGAUUUUAACAAAAUGAUGACAAGUCCUUUUUAUUAUUAUUAUGAUGAUGAUCCAUCAAAGGGAUAUUGUAAUUUGUUUCAAAUAUUGUAUGGUUAUAACAGUGGUUAUAAUUUAUAUACAAGUUUUAGUUCUCUAUCUUAUGUUAUAAAAUAUAAUGAACAAAUGUUUUUAAAAAAAUUUAAAGAUUCAAAUCAAUCGGAGGUACCACAUAACUUUGAAAUUCAUUUGGAUAAUAUAAGUGAUAAAAUAUUAAAAAUAAUUGAACAAAAUUUGAAUCAUGAAAAUAUGAAAUAUAUAAUUCAUAAUUUAAUGAUAAGUGUAUCUUUAUGUGAUAUAAAAUAUUUAAAUUUAUAUGCAUUGUGUUUUUUUAUUCUUAAAGAAAAUUAUUAUUAUUUAAGUAUAGACAAUUUAUAUUUGUACUUGGAAAUAUUACAUCGAAUGAAAAUAUAUAAUCAUGAUAUUUUUCACUCAAUAAUGGAAUAUAUAAAUACACAUGUACACGCCUUAGAAUCCAAAAAAAAAAUGAAAAUCUUUUUAUUAUCAUAUAAUAUUUUUCAAAAAAUGGACAACCCUGCAGAUAUGAAAGAAAUGUGUGAUUUUUUUUUAAGUUCAAAUAACAAAAUUGAGAAAGAAAAUGGUAACGAUGAUUUAAUGUUAGGAAAAUGUACACAUGAGAAAAACUUGUGGAAACUACCAACAGAUAUUGAAAUAAAGCAAAAUUUAAUAUACCUAGAAAAUUUUCAAAAGGAGUUAUUCUCUAAUAAUGAUAAUGAUAAGAUGGCAAAUCAUGAUAAUAAUCGUCAUAUCCUUGGACAUGAUAAAUUUUUUUCUACUAAUGAUGAAAAUAAGAUUAAAAAAGAAAAAUAUUUUAAUUUAAAGAAUGAAAUAAUGAUUUUUAAAAAAAUAGAGAAAACAGAAACGUUACCAUGUACUUUAAAUAUAUAUGAUUAUAUAAAUUUUUUAUUAAUUUUAAUUUUUUAUCAAUGUAAUAAUAAGAUUAAUGAAUGUGAUGAAAAAAUAAAUUUGAAUUUUUUAUUUUCAAAAGAUGCAAAUGUUAUUAUUACAAUUCAAAAUGAAGUAUAUAAAAAAAAAAAUAAUAAAAUAAAAAAUCCUUGUAAAUAUGUAAAAAAUAAACAAUAUAUGUUAGACAAAUAUUCUGAAAUGUUAAAAGAAAAUUUAUUUAAUAUUGAAUCAUCUCUUAUUCAAUUAUUUUCAAUAAUUGGUAAUUUUUUAGAAAAGGGAGAAGAUGAUAAAGAAUUAUUUGUAAAUCAAAUAAUGUUUAUUUUAGAUUUUAUAAAAAUGAUAAAUGAAAAAGUUUAUAUAAAUAUAAUGAAGAUUGUAAAGAAAAUGAAAAAUUAUGAUGAAAAUAUAAAAAGAAAAAAUAAUUUUACAACAUAUUCAAAUAAUAAAUAUUUUCAAUUAAAAAAAAUUGAUUUAGAAUAUAUAAAUUCAAAUAUUAAUAAUAAAAAGAAAAAUACAUAUAAUGAUUUUUUUUUUAAUGAAAAUAAUAUAAAUUAUAGAUAUCAAUAUCAAAGUGUUCAUAAAGCUAUACAAAUUUUCUCAGAUAAUAUAAUAAGAUAUUCACAUAAUGAAAAAAUAAAUACACAUUAUAAAAAUAAUAAAUAUAUUAUUAAAGACAUAAAAACAUUUUAUAAAUUAGACAAUUUUUUAAUAUCAGAUAUUUUACUUAUAUUAGAAAAACAAAAUAAAGAACAAAUUUUUUAUUUUCUUUUAUUUUAUCCUUUUGAAUUAAAACAAACAGUUAUCCAUAUAAAAAAUAAUACAUUUUUAUUUAAUUACAAAUAUGAUGAAACCUUUUUAUUUAAUAUGGAAAUAUUAUUUCUUUAUAAUUUUUUGAAGAACAAAUUUUCAGAAAAAACAUGUUCAUUUAGUAUUAUAGAUACUACUCAAUUUAUUGACUUUUCAAAAAAUGAAUAUACAAAUGGGCACACCAAUGAAUUUUAUGAACACUUAUUUAAUAGUAACAUGGAUGAAGAAAAUUAA